AUGACUGUACCAUUCAGUUACACGCAGUCUCCGUUUCUGUUUCAUCACGUUCCAAAUUCGCCAUUUUUGUUGUCAACUAGGAGACCUGCGACACAAUCACCAAUCCCAUUGGUUCCCGACGUCGAACUCGCGAGAAACAACAACUAUUCUUCAAAUAAUGUACUUCGAAAUGGAACUUUUCUUUCUCCCACACCUGUAGUCCCAUCAAAUUCCAAUCCAACAACACCACAAGCAACUCCAACCAGGAUAAAUGCUUCUUCUGAUUCACAAAGAGAACAAGUUGUUCCACAUUUCUCUCCCAUGAUGAAAAAUAAAUCACUUAACAGAAAGGAAAGGAGGCUGGAUAUGUCACCAAAGCAGGGUACAGUUCCAGAGAUUAACCUGUUUUCAGGGGAAGAAAUAUUUGCUUGA